GCGAAUUUGUCAAAAACAAAAUAAAAUAAUGUCGAUUGUCAAACGUCAGUGAGCGUACUUAAUUUUUUUGUUAGACGGCGUUGGGAUAUCAGCUUUGUAAUAUUUUCUCGUAUUUCUAUAAAUUUUCAUACACAGUUUGAAAAGAAGAAUGUUCUAUCAUAUAUCGCUUGAGCACGAGAUCCUGCUACAUCCGCGCUAUUUUGGACCGCAGUUGAUCGAAACGGUGAAGCAGAAGCUGUAUACAGAAGUGGAGGGAACCUGUACCGGCAAAUAUGGUUUCGUGAUAGCCGUUACAACCAUUGACGACAUCGGAUCGGGACUCAUCCUGCCUGGGCAGGGUUUCGUAGUGUAUCCGGUUAAGUACAAGGCGAUCGUCUUCCGGCCGUUCAAAGGCGAAGUGCUGGAUGCGGUGGUUACCCAAGUCAACAAAGUGGGUAUGUUUGCCCAAAUUGGACCGCUGUCGUGCUUCAUCUCGCAUCAUUCCAUCCCAGCGGAUAUGCAGUUCUGCCCUAAUGGCAAUCCGCCGUGCUACAAAUCUAAAGAGGAAGACGUGGUGAUUGCACUGGAGGAUAAAAUCCGAUUGAAGAUUGUCGGUACCCGAGUGGAUGCGACAGGAAUUUUCGCUAUCGGAACGCUUAUGGAUGAUUACCUGGGACUCGCUGGAAGUUAAGAUUUUUGUUUAGAAAUUUGAAUUAAGCCUAAUUUUACCUUAAUAAUUUCUGAUUAAGUGUGUAUUUGAGAAGAUAAUAGAACAAUAUUUUCUACAAGUUU